GCCCUCCUCGCCUCGGAAUCUGAUUUUCACUCACUUUCGUUUCUCCUUCGCCUUCGCUUUGGUGCGUCUCCUCUGGCUCCAAACUGCGGGGAGAGAGAGAGAGGGAGAGAGACCGACGGACGGGCGAAGCGUUUUUGUUGGGGAUUUCCGCCGAUUUCUCCUCGAUGGGUAAACAGAUCCCGGACGUCUGUGGGCCCCUGUCCCCAAACGCCAAACUGCAGGCUGACCAGAAGGACGCGACUUGUUACACAGGCAUGAAAUUGAGGAUUUGCUGCGCGGUCCUCUUUACCAUCCCUCUCGUCUUAUGCGUCGUUUUCCUGAGUUUGUACCUGCAGCACCAGUAUUCGGAUCCGGUUAGCCAGCUGAAGGAAUGCAAAGUGGAGUUGCAGAACGAAACUUCCCAGAUGCGGGCUAGCCUGGGCUCCAUGGAGAAGCGCGUGGAAGAGACGGGGAGCGACCUGAAGAAGGCGAGGGUCGAACGAGAUGGGCUGCGAGCCGAACUGGCGGUCGCUAACCGGAGCCUGGUGAAGGCCAGGGAGGACUGGGGCGCCUGUCAGGAACAGCUGAAAAGUGUGGAAAAAAAUGCCACAUCCCAAGUGAAGGAAGCUGUCCAGCGAGAAAUGGAUAAAACCAAAAUUGCUGAAGAGGAGAUUAAACAUCUUAAGGAACAACUCUCCAAUUUACAACAGAUGAAGGAGCAACAACAAAAGGAGAUUCAGCAUCUGGAGGAUCAGCUUACGAAACAUAAAUCUGUUGAGCGCUCCAAGGGAGGCCUUCUCCUGGGGCCUUCUAUGGUCCUUCUCCCACUUCUCCUUGCUGCCCUCCUCUUCUAGUCCAUUUUGGUCACUGCCAAGUUUGGGUGGUGCGCAAGUGUCAAGUCUCACCCUACUUCAUCUGCAUAACCAUACUCCUCCUUCUGCAUGUGGGUUUUGGAGACAUCUGAGUUGCGCCCUGUUAGGACAGGAACCUGAUUCUGAUGCCAGACUUGGACAUUUAUCUACUCUGAUAACUGAAAUUUUGGCCACAGCAGUGGAUUUGCUAGAGCUUGUAUUACAUUGCACUGUUACACAGAACUUGGCAAAUAAAGUUCAAUUUUGAUUAUGUUAAUAAUAA